AUGGAAGGCAGGGCUCUCAGCUGGUUUCAGUGGCUGGAUUCGCAUGACCCGUUCACCGACUGGCGAGAUUUGAAGGCAGCGAUUAUCCACUGGUUCAGCUGCGCGAAGGACGGCGACCCGAUGGAGUGGCUGAUGGCACUGCGGCAUGACAGCUCGGUGACGGAAUUCCGCGAUCAGUUUGAAGCUUUGGCGGCUUCAAUUAUGGGACUGCACAACUUACCAUUUCUUGGCCUUGUGCCUCAAGGGAUUGAUGGUAGUCACAGAAUUACCUCCAUUGCGGAGGCUGUCAUUACACUGGGAAAAGAUUUGAGCGUUAAUGAACGAGCCUACCCCCUAUUAGGGUUCUCUGGGAACUCCCUUCAGUUCAACCAAGGUAAGGAGCAGGGUCCUUCCCAAAAGGCUCGGGCUGAGGAGGAAGAUGAGGGAGACGAAGAGUUGGUGGUGGAUGAAGAGCCUACGACUGAGGAGAUAGAGGGUGUGGCUGGCCUCUCUCUAAACUCACUGAUGGGGAUUACUUCCUCUAAUACUAUGAAAUUGAUGGGAACUUUGGGAGACCGUGAGGUGGUGGUGUUAGUCGACAGCGGAGCUUCACACAAUUUCUUGUCACAAAAGGUCAUGAGGGAGAUGCAAAUUCCUUUGACAGCCACGGGGGAUUAUGGCAUCCAAGUAGGCAACAGUGCUUGUUUCAGACAACAUGGUAUGUGUAAGGGGGUGGACCUGAGAAUCCAGGGAUACAGAGUUACUGAAGACUUUGUUCCUUUUGAGUUGGGAUGCACUGAGGUGGUACUAGGGGUGUCUUGGCUGCGGAUGUUGGGGGAAGUAAGCGUUAACUGGCAAAAGUUCAUGACUAAGUUCAAGACGGAGGAGGGGUGA